GAUGCCAUAUUUUUCUCUUUGAAUGGGUUUAGUCAGUUUAGUUGAACUUUGUUUUUACCGAUACUGUCUUUUAAGUUUUUUAGAAUCUACUGUUUCAGCAUUGUUAUGCAUCGUUCUGACGAACUGUUUAAAGGAAAUUAUUAUGAGUCACGUGACUUCAGGUGUUUGUUUUUUUGUUUUUGAGGAAACGCAGGUAAAGAGGGCGUCUUCCCAACUUUGACGGAUCAGAGGUUGGUUUUUGUUCAACUAAAGUAAACGCAAAACUAUCCUGCAGACCCUGCGGUUUGUAACAAGAGAAAGGAAGACUGGAACCGGAAAAGCUGUAUGAAGUCUGUAAUUAUCGUUCAGGGAGAACGUCCUUUGGUUUGUUGUGGUCACAAAACUAUCUUGAAAUGUUCGCAUUGAUAUCUUUUAAAAAAUAGCUUCUGUUUUGAUCUGAUUUUUAUUUCAAAUAACAUUACUGUUCACUGGACUGCGUGGACUCCUGGACAAAUUUGCUUGGCUCGUGUGAGGUGCACGAGCAGAAGGGGAAACGCCAACUUAUCGUCAUAGACUGUAAUUCCCAAGACUGACUGAGUCAGAGAAAUGGACAAUGACAUUGAAGAGCAAGAUACUUUUCCAGUGCAGAGGGAUGAAGAAGGUGAGAACCGAGCAGAACAGAGUAGAAGGGGUCGGAGGGUAGAGAAGCUUCAGAAGAAAGUCUCUAGAUGGAUGCUUCCAGAAGAGCUACAAGAGACGUACUUGGAGCGAGCCAACUGCUGUCCGCCACCUAUUUUCAUCAUCCUCAUCAGUUUAGCAGAGUUGGCAGUAUUUAUCUACUAUGCAGUAUGGAAGCCCCAGAAGCAGUGGAUAACCUUAGGUACGGGAAUCUGGGAGAGUCCCCUUACCUAUAAACCUGAACAACGUGAAGAGGCAUGGCGGUUUGUCUCCUACAUGUUUGUGCAUGCCGGGGUGGAGCACAUCAUGGGCAACCUGUUGAUGCAACUGCUGCUGGGCAUACCCCUGGAGCUGGUGCAUAAAGGUUUUGAAGUGGGCAUGGUCUAUAUGGCUGGGGUCCUUGCAGGUUCCCUCGCCAGCUCCAUUUUUGAUCCUCUCAGUGCACUUGUGGGGGCCUCAGGUGGUGUCUAUGCCCUCAUGGGUGGUUACUUCAUGAAUGCUGUGGUGAAUUUCAGGGAGAUGUUUCCGAUUCUGGGAGUGUUUCGGAUCCUAGUUAUUGUUCUUAUUGUUGGGACAGAUGUUGGCUUUGCAAUUUACAGAAGAUUUAUUGUCCAUGAGACUGCCAUGAAGGUGUCUUUUGUGGCUCACAUUGGCGGUGGUAUAGCCGGCAUGACUAUUGGUUAUGUGUUUUUCACCAACUACAAUAAAGAGCUCCUGAAGGACCCUCGCUUCUGGAUGUGCAUUGUGGGAUACAUUGCCUUCUUCUUGUUUGCUGUCAUUUUCAACAUCUUCUUGUCCCCAGCACCCGUGUGAGGGUGCAUAUCUGUAAUGGUUUAAGCCCUGUUCACAAUGCCCGUGUUCACAAUGGACAAUUGUUGUUGUUUUUUAUUUUAUUUUAAAGAAGCCUUUCUCAGGUCAAUAAAACUCUAAGACAAUUCUAUUAAUCAUUGUGUUAACAGAUUCAAGGUUGGAUGCUAAUACACUACAUAGAUUUCUAAAGUAAAUACAAUUUAAUUUAUAGAUUGGAUUGAAUUGGAUUGUGAAAUGCUGUAAUUGAUAUCCAAAUAUUCACCUAUGCAUACCUCCUCAUAUAUUUAAAUCCUCAGGAAAAAAGAUAAGUUUAAUAUUUGUAUUUUGAUGGGUUUGUUUCUACAGGACCAUUUAUUUUUUAUUAACAGGAUUAUUGAGCACUUGGUGAGGAGUUUAAAGGAAAAUUCUGGGUUCAGUACAAGUUGAGCUCAAUAGACAGCAUUUCUGGCAUAAUGUUGAUUACCACAAAAAAUUAUUUUGACUUACCUCUCUUUCUCUUUAAAAAAAAAGCAAAAAUCUGGGUUACAUUUCCCGAGUGAGGCACUUACAAUGGAACAAUAUGUGUGUACACAUGGUUUUACUGUGAUAAAAUCAUUUACUAACCAUUUCUGUGUAAAGUUAUAGCCAAUUUUAUAGCUUUGUUGCCAUGACAUGUCAACAAACCCCGAAACCCUAAAAUGACAAUUUAAACAAAUUUACAGCUUGAAUAAUUCGUGGUUUAACAGGGUAAUUAAUGUAAAAGUGCUUUUAUAAAAUUAUAAGCUUUACAUUUCUGCCUUUUAAACCCUCCAAAAAUUGCUUAAAUUGGAUUGAACCCAGAAUAUUAAUGGUUAUUUGAAAUUCUUUGUCAUUUUAUUAACAAGAUUAUUGAUAAAAUGCAAAGAUUUCAUUUUUACUUAAUUGUUUUAGGGGGGCCUGGGUAACUCGGCGAGUAUUGACGCUGACUACCACCCCUGCAGUCGCGAGUUCGAAUCCAGAGUGUGCUGAGUGACUCCAGCCACCUAAGCAACCAAAUUGGCCCGAUUGCUUGGGAGGGUAGAGUCACAUGGAGUAACCUCCUCGUGGUCGCGAUUAGUGGUUCUCGCUCUCAGUGGGGUGCAUGGUAAGUUGUGCAUGGAUCACGGAGGGUAGCAUGAGCCUCCACAUGCUGGGAGUCUCCGCGGUGUCAUGCACAACAAGCCAUGCGAUAAUAUGUGCGGAUUGACGGUCUCAGAAGCGGAGGCAACUGAGACUUGUCCUCCGCCACCCGGAUUGAGGUGAAUAACCGUGCCACCACAAGGACCUACUAAGUAGUGGGAAUUGGGCAUUCCAAAUUGGGUGGAGGAAAAAAUUUGUUUCAGAAUGUGAUUGGCAUGUUUGUAGGCAGGAAAUGGUCAGUAUCAGUGCCCACCGGAGAAAGGUUCCUUGAUUAUUGUCUGACAGGGUGACGAGCCCCUAAUUUUAAACCCAUUUCUAACCCUACCGUUAUAGGCCUGAAACUCGGCUAAUAAAUAGACCACCUUUCUCCAAUUUGUGGUUUCAGGAUGGGUUUUAGACUGUCAUCUAUGCAAGGAGCCAAAAAGUACCUUCACGGUUACAACUUACCCACCCCUAGUCUAGAAAAAAACAACGUAAUGUCAUGUAGUUCUCACUGGACUUAGAUUCUCAUCUUAGAAUUCCAGUAGAGGGCAUCGCUGAUCAACAUGUUGGCAGACCUCAAACUGAGGUCACACCAAUGUAGUUCAAAUGUGGUAUUGCAUAAACUAUUGAUCUGUGAUCAAUAUGAAAUUAUGUCAAAUCAGUGCUAAUGACACGCAUCUAGAAUUACCUUUAAAAAAAUACAAUUAAAAAAAUCCCUGUUACCAUGUCAUUCUGUUUUAAAGAUGGGUUUAAGGUUGGAAUUGUAAGAUAUUUGUAGGUUGUUUUAGGAGAAUUGUUUGGACAGUUCUACAGAAAAAAAAAUAUUUAAUGUAUUAUACAUUUUAAAGACCAAUUUGUCCAUACUGGCCUAUUUAAUAAAUAUUUUAUAUUCA